AGCCGCAGGUGGAGAUGAAUGGAGUUGGGCAUGUAAAUGGCGGAGAUGCCGAGGUGCCCAUCUCCAAGUCUCAGAGGAGGCAGAGUGAUGUCAAGGUGUACAAGGAGUUCUGUGACUUCUACGCACGCUUGUAAGUGUUUGACUGUUUGAGGAAAGUGUGUUGUGCCAAUAUGUAUGCUGCACAAAUGUUGAGGUUUGAUUUAUGAUAAUGGGCACUUGGUAUUAAGCUGUGUGCUUUUAAUGUUUUCAAUGACAUUAAAUGUUAAAUCCUGUACAAAUAUUUGCUGUGUAAAUGAGUGACAGACUUGUGAGACUUUUUAAACAACAUAUCAGUGACUAUUCUGUAAUUAAUGCCAAACAGAAAUUGUCUGUUAAAUGCAUCUUUUUCUUUGUUGAAAAAAAUAAGUAAGUCUGUCUCAAGUGUUUACUUUUUGCCAACAAUGUGCAUAUAACAACACCCUUGUUUCACCUUGUUGAGUCUAUGCUGCGCCUAUCGCUGUGGCGUUCCUGCUGACAACAGUGGAAUUGAAGUCAAGGUCUGUCUUUUAUUUCUGUGGUGUCUUUACAGUCUGCCUCCUUUUAUAGGCAUCGCAGUGCAAAGCACCCUGGGUCUGGGGCCAUCAGCAUCUUGGCAGCAUGUCUGUAUGUUUAUGCUACUGGUGCGUUUCGUUUGGAGCCAGAUUUUGGGUGUAGCUGCCAGGGGUUUGGCGUGAAGAUCGUAUUUUUGGCCUGUCAGUCCACACGUCCCCUUUGUUUGCUGCUGUGGAGUCACAGCCAGCAGAGGUGGAAAUGCUCUGGGGAUUUGUCAUUUCCUCCCAGUGUUCCCAGAUCCAGGGAGUGUCUGCCAUAUUUAUCAUGUCUGAUGUCACAGAAGAAUGACUAGUCUGCCUGUUUGUUAAUGAGUUGCACUGAGCCAUGAGAGCAAGUUUGCCUUCCCGCUGACAGCUGACAGAACAAUGUCUUCAAGGGUCACAUCCGAUGAUACCGCUAACUACAGGGUGGUGCUCUUGGCUUUCAUUAUUGAUAUAAAGUUUGAGGUAAUAGUGAUCAGCUGAAAAGGCUGGAGUCAUGAAGGAGGAAUGUAUUGUGCUAAGCAUCACAGCAGCGCUGCUUUUAAAUGUGCCUUCAGCCCCAGCGCUGGAUGAGAUGAUGCAGUAGUCUUACUAUGUGUUGAAAUGGGAGCAUGAGUAGUUUCCUGGCACCUCUUGGCUUUUACUAGAGCAGGGCCAUACAUGGAUCUUUGGGCUACGUGUUUUAAAUGCUCCAUGAGAUAUGCUGGAAUUCUGACCUUUUAAACUGACCAGCGUGUUAUUCUCACACCAAACAUCUGAUGAAAGGCAUUUUCUUUCUCUUAUGUCUAUCUUUUAAAAUCCUUUAUUUGACUUGAUUCUAGGUUUUAGUAUUAGCUGCUGCUUAGGUUUUAAUUUUAGCUGCUGCUUGGUGAAUUAGAGGUAGUUGUCUGUGAACAAUACCCUCCGUUGCCUCCAUCUGAAUUUGAUCAGAAAAUGGCAAGUGUGUGAGAUUUGGAAAGUCUCAUUGUGAUAAAGUUCACAGAGAUUAGGUGCAAACCUACAUCACUCGUAUAUGUUUUCACAAAGGAUAAAAUGAGUCAUGCUCUUAUUGAGCCUGGCAUGCCCAUUGUGUCUCCGAGUUUGAUCUUGUCUUAGGAAAACUCUAAAUCCCAGGCCAGAGAUUGACAUGUCAGGCCAAUAUUUGCUUCUGCAGAUCUAAACAAAUAACCCUAACCUUGCUUGUUUAAGAAACUUGGGUCAAACUGAUAUAACAGCACUAUGAAUUCCACACAAAUGGACAAAUAUCCCACCCUUGUUGACAACACACGCCUUUGAUGUGUUAACAUGGUCAGAUGGGUUUUCAAUGUUUCAAUAUUUUUUGAAAGACAUCCAGAGGCUUCACAGAAAGUUAUGACUACAGUGGUUCUAAUCCUCCAUCGCUCUGAAUUCCUGCUCUGUUUCAUUUCACAAUUACCGCAACAUGGCAAAUGCUUUGGCAAAUGCCAUCUGUGAGCGCUGCAAGAGUGGGUUUGCUCCGGCGGAGAAGAUUGUGAACAGCAAUGGGGAGCUGUACCAUGAGCAGUGCUUUGUGUGCGCUCAGUGCUUCCAACAGUUCCCCCAGGGUCUCUUCUAUGAGUUUGAAGGCCGUAAAUACUGUGAGCAUGAUUUCCAGAUGCUGUUUGCUCCAUGCUGUCAUCAGUGUGGCGAGUUCAUUAUUGGCCGUGUUAUUAAGGCCAUGAACAACAGCUGGCAUCCUGAGUGUUUCUGCUGUGAUAUUUGCAGUGCUGUUCUAGCUGAUGUAGGCUUUGUGAAGAAUGCCGGAAGACACUUAUGCCGGCCUUGUCAUAAUCGAGAGAAGGCUCGUGGCCUAGGCAAGUACAUUUGUCAGAAGUGUCAUGCCAUAAUUGAAGAGCUGCCUCUGAUCUUCAAGAAUGAUCCAUACCAUCCAGACCACUUCAACUGUAAUAACUGUGGUAAAGAGCUGACUGCAGAGGCCCGUGAGCUCAAGGGUGAACUGUAUUGCCUACCAUGCCAUGAUAAGAUGGGUGUUCCUAUCUGUGGUGCCUGCCGCAGACCCAUCGAGGGCCGUGUGGUGAAUGCCAUGGGCAAGCAGUGGCAUGUGGAGCAUUUUGUGUGCGCUAAGUGUGAAAAGCCCUUCCUGGGACACCGCCAUUAUGAGCGCAAGGGCCUGGCAUAUUGUGAGACACACUACAAUCAGUUGUUUGGUGAUGUGUGCUACCACUGCAACCGUGUAAUUGAAGGAGAUGUUGUUUCUGCCUUGAAUAAAGCAUGGUGCGUCAACUGCUUUGCCUGCUCAACCUGCAACACCAAGUUGACCCUCAAGGAUAAGUUUGUGGAGAUUGAUCUGAGGCCCGUGUGUAAACACUGUUAUGAGCGCAUGCCAGAGGAGUUUAAGCGACGCUUGGCUAAGCGUGAGCGCGACUCCAAGGAAAAGAAAAAGAAAAUGGCUACCUGUCUGUAAUUACUAUUUAUCUUCCCUAUCUGCUUCUUUCCAUUCAUUGGAGCAAAUUUGUUGAAUUUGAUAUGAAACCGGUGUGCAAGAAGUGUUAUGAGAAGUUCCCGCUGGAACUGAAGAAGCGGCUUAAGAAGCUUGCUGAUACGCCUGGACGAAAGUAGACAGCAGCAUGCAUUUAGAGGAAAUGGACACAUCUGCUGUAGAGGACAGGAUCUGCUUCUUUAUGUUUUAUGUAUGGCUCAUUUAUUUUCACUAUGACCUUUAAUGAAAAUGUGUGUAUUAUGUAAUGUAUUGCAUUAGUUGACCUGAAAUUGGAGACUACUGAAAUGUUCCUCGAAUACUCUCUUUUUUCAUAAAGUCUAACCAUUUCAUGAAAUGCUGUUACAUGUUGGGAUGAAAACAUAAAGUGGAAAUAUAAAAAAGUAAGAAUUAAGAGGAAACACUUGCUCUCUCAUAAACUUUAUUGAGAUUAUAAACAAUCAAAUCAGUAUAAAAUAAUGCCUCAGGUACAAUAACCAAAGUAUGAAUGGCUUUUUUACAUUUACUCUGUCUCCUGGUUCAGUUACAAGUCACUUAAGUUUGCCAUUGAUGAGAUUUAUUUGUUAAUUAUAGCUUGCAUUUUGUAUUGUAUAACAAAAACAAUGCACAUUCCUGUUUAUGAUGUGACUGAUGCAACGUUCACAGCUUUCAUUAUCAUUAUUAAUAUUUUGCUUUUAUUUAUUUGCCAAUAUUAAAAUGAAGAUAUGUGCCAUUGCAAAUAGACAACUUGUUGGCAUGAUUUGCCUCCUGAUUUUAGCCGCAUGUGACAUUUAAAAACAAUUGUUAUCCAAUAAAAAAUAUAAUUUCA